ACACCUUCUGCCUGCAUAUAAACACAGCAAGAAUGUAGACAUGAGAAGACCACAGAGAAGCUUUCACAGUUUAAGUUGGGUUCCGCAAGUGGGAAGACACGGUCAUGCUGCUGGUGCUGAGAUUUUUGCUGGUGCUGGGCCUGGCCACGCUGUUGGAUGCCACCAGGGAAAACCAGGCAGUCUCGGUGAAGUUUAAACAGGGAACCAGACUGAAGGGCAAGACAGUGAGACUGGUCCUGGAUCCCUCAGUGCAAACUCAGAUCAACAGCAUGUCUUCGUCAAACAUCCCCAACAUGUCUAUCUCUCCCUGGACGUACAGAGACACUUGUGAGGCAAAUAGGCUGCCUAGGCGGAUCUCUGAGGCUCACUGCCUGACCUCUGGUUGUCUGAGUCCGCAGGGUGGAGGAGAAGAUGCAGGCCUGGAGGCCAAACCUAUCUACUACCAGGUCCUGGUCCUCCACAGAGUCCCAAAGCAAAGGCUCAAUACCAAAGGAGGGAGGAAGGCUAGGAAGACGUAUGACUUCAGACUGGGGACUAAGAUGAUCUCAGUGGGCUGUACCUGUGUGAGGCCCAGUGUCUUACCACAGCAAUAACACACAGAAGAUCGGAUGUUAGCAGCUCUUUCAGCACACUGCAAAUAUUUUUUUUUAUCACUUUCUAACUUAAACCCGUAUUAAGUAAUAUCUUUAAGUUAUAACUGAAUCAAAUCACUCUGGUUAAUGUGAAAGGGCCAUUUUUUGUUUGUUGUGACUAAAUAGUGCUAGCAUUUCCAGGCCUGUGAGCUUACCGCAUCAACCAGCCCUGUGUUGUUGUUUUUUUAACAAGCAUUCAGCAUCCGUACAGUUGUAUUUUUAGAAUUAUAGUUCUUAUCUUAUUUUGUUCAAUUAUUCAAUUCAACACAUUUACUAUAAAUGAGUUUCUCAGGACAACUGAGCGAUAAAAUGGAUGUUUUUGGGAACAUAUAUUUGUAUAUGCUAUGGUACAAUUGUGUUUUUGGGCGUGUAUGUUUUUAUAUUUUGUCUUAUUUUAUAUUUCUUUUGAUUUUGAUUGAUUGAUGGUUGUUUUAACUCACAUUUCAUAACCCUGGUCUUAUUUUACUGUAAACAAUAUCAACAUGGUUUAUUAAAGUUUUU